CUGUCAAAGUGGUGUGGCGAGCUCGGCGCGUUGCGCGCACCAGCAGAGAGGGGCAAAGCCGCUCUCCGGCUGCAGUCUAUAGACACGGCAAGACAGAGCGCAGCAGGGUAGACACGUCUCGUUCCCCGUAAUGGCAAAGGGUUCAGCAAAUGCCGCGUCAGUCUUAUUUGAAAAUAAGGAAAUGGAGUUAUAGUUAUAUGUUGGAACCUAAUUAUUUAUUCAAAAUAUAAAAAUCUUGCUAUGCUUUUUUGGACUUCUGGCCAAAAGUAAAAAUGAUGAAAACCGAGGCAUCUGGAGAAAGAUCAAAUCUAAGAAGUGCCUCCCCUCAUAGAAAUGCAUAUAGGACUGAGUUUCAGGCUCUGAAAAGCACAUUUGAUCAACCUCGAAGUGAUGCAGAACAAAUUCGAAAGGAAGGUCCUGAGAAGACGCAGCAAACUCGAGGGAGACAAUAUGGCACAAAUGUUAACCGGAUUAAAAACAUGUUUAUGCAAAUGGGUAUGGGGCCCAGUGACAAUACUGGUGUCUGUGCUAAGAUCAAGUCAAAAAGAGAAUCUUCUCCUCAGAGAAUACAGAAACCAAGAGAUUUUGUUGAUAGAGUAGAUGGGUCAAUCGUAAAAUUGGAAUCCGCUAUAACUGAGCGGUCUGGUAAAUUUGACAUAUCUCGGGAUGCAUCAACCCAUUCUAAGUUUUCAGAAACAAGGAAACUCUUUGAGCAGUCAAUACAGGAAUCAUCUCGGUUGCAUCGUUAUUCUUCCUCCAAGGAUCGAAAGGUACCCCAAGAGUUUCAUGAUGAACGAAAGGGGUCUCGUUCAAACAGAGGCAGUACAGAUUCUUUAGACAGUUUGUGCUCCAGAACUGAUGCCUCUUCACCAACUGUAAGUCAGUUAAGUGCAGUUUUUGAAAAUGCAGAGCACCAAAAUAUAAUCGAGAUUGAUAAAACUGAUGAAAAACAUACAUAUGAUAAAUUACACAGGACCAGUAGGCAUACUGAUAGCACUAGAUUUCAACAGUUAAUUACAUCUGGCCAGCAAAUUCCUGCUUCAUCUUCUUCAGAGGAUCUACUAAGCCCUAGCCCACUGUCUGAUAAAUCAGAAGAAACAAAGCAAGAAACUCUGUAUCCUCAAGGAGCAAAUGACAGUGAUCAUAGAAGCAAUAUUCUUCCAGAUACAGCGAAUGAGUCUAGUCUCAAUAAGCAUAUUGGAAGUACAGACAAUUUUGACUGUACAGCAACAUUACAAACAGACAUUCCAAGCUUCUCUGAGAGUACUAUUUCCUCAUGUAAAUCCAAUGAAAACAUUGAGGAUAGUGGUUUAGGUAGCGGGGCUUGGGUUUCACAAAGCUUGGACAAAGAUUUUUAUGAAAAGAGCUCAGACUGGGAGAAUCCUGCAGUUACACCAGAUAAUGGUGUUGGCAACCAAACCUGGGAAGAAAGCUACACUGAUCCAGAAGACCAAGUAGGUAGCGAUGAUAGCAGCUAUUUUGAACCAGAAGCAGAAUCAAAACAAAUCCCUGGCCUGCCAGACGAAGAUGAAAUUCCAUUAAACAGAAAAAUAAAAUUCAGCACUGCUCCAAUCAAGGUUUUCAAUACAUAUUCAAAUGAAGAUUAUGACAGAAGAAAUGAGGAGGUGGACCCAGUGGCAGCCUCUGCAGAAUAUGAACUUGAAAAGCGAGUGGAGAGACUUGAGCUUUUCCCUGUUGAACUUGAAAAAGAUGAUGAUGGUCUGGGAAUCAGUAUUAUUGGCAUGGGAGUCGGAGCAGAUGCAGGUCUGGAAAAACUUGGAAUUUUUGUGAAAACAGUAAUUGAAGGUGGGGCAGCCCAGAGAGAUGGCAGAAUUCAGGUUAAUGACCAGAUUGUGGAAGUGGACAACAUCAGCUUGGUUGGAGUAACUCAAAACUUUGCAGCCUCAGUUCUCAGAAAUACAAGUGGCAUUGUCAGAUUUCUUAUUGGGCGAGAAAAGCCUGGUCAGACAAGUGAAGUCGCCCAAUUGAUCAGGCAGACACUUGAGCAGGAGAGGCGCCAGAGAGAGCUAAUGGAGCAGCACUAUGCACAAUAUGAUGCUGAUGAUGAUGAGACUGGGGAAUAUGCCACUGAUGAUGAGGAGGAAGAUACUGGCCAAAACCUUUCAAGAGGUGAAAUGUCAAUUGAAGUUUUUGACUUGCCAGAAACUGAGGAAAUGUUUUCUCCGUCUGAGCUAGAUGCAACUAAACUUUCCCAUAAAUUUCGCGAGCUACAAAUAAAGCAUGCUGUGACUGAAGCUGAAAUUCAAAAGCUAAAGAACAAGCUUCAGGCAGUAGAAAAUGAGAAGGUUCGAUGGGAACAUGAAAAAUCUCAAUUGCAAAAGAGCAUUGAAGGAAACAAAGACCGGAUGCUGAAACUUGAGAGUUACUGGAUUGAAGCUCAGUCUCUUUGCCAUACUGUGAAUGAGCACCUGAAAGAAACUCAAAGUCAAUAUCAAGCCUUAGAAAAAAAAUACAACAAGGCUAAGAAGCUUAUAAAGGACUUUCAGCAAAAGGAAAUUGAUUUUAUAAAACGAGAAGAAGCUGAAAGGAAGAAGUUUGAAGAUACUGAAAAAUCCCACUUGACAGAGAUACAGAUUUUACAAGCAAGGAUAACAGAUUUGGAAGAAGAGCUUUUUAAGCUGAUGAAGCUAAAUGGGACUCAGGUGAACAAUAACAAUAAUAUCACUGAAAGCAGUUCCUGUCAUAGUAUAAUUGGACGAGCUUAUAUAGGAGACACAGUUGAAAGCCUGGAAGGAACAGACAAAUCAUCCCAGGCAGGUCCCAGUGGAGAUUUUAAAGAAGCCAUCCCUGAAACUGAAAAACUGGAAAGCAUGUUGCUGAAAGCUCGGUUACAACUUUCAGGAAAAGGCAGACGACAAAGGUCUUCCUUCACUCCGCAGCGUGACAGCAUCAGCUCUACAGAUGGGGAGGAUAACAUUGAGAGGAAGGCCUCAGAAGUCCUUGGUAGCCCUCCACAUUGCACCAAGUGCCCUAUCCCUCCUUCUCUCAGGUCAUGUUCUCCAGCAUCAGAUUCUGGUGCCUCCUCAUUGUCACCGGUGGCAUUUUCACUUGAGUGUACAGCAGAAAGUCAGGAAGAUGGAAUAGACCUGACUGGAAAACAGACAUUUGGAGAUACCCCAUCUUCAUCACCUUCCAAGUCUGGUCAUAGCUCAGAAGGAUCUCCUUUGCAUCAUCCAACUCGGCAAGAAAAGUCUGAAGGCUCAUCUGCUGGACAUGAAGGGAAACUGAAAAAAAAACUUAUUGACCUUGGAGCUCCCUUGAGAAGAAGCCGGGGUAAAGGGAAGAAAGAAAAAGGGAAAGAUAAAGACGUCAGCCGUUUAUCAUCUUCAAGCAGGGCUUCCAAAGAGACCAUGGAAUGCUCAGUCAACAUGCCUUGUAUGCCAUCUGCCUUGCCACCUAAAGUGACAUCCCCUUGGUUAGGAGAAGGAGCAAAAGGUUCAAAUAACCUUCCUUCACCCACUAGUUCAACAGAGCCGUCCUCGGAGAACAGUCCUGACAAACACAAAACCAAGAAUUUUGCAUUCAAUGAAGACUUAAGUCCCAGCAGCACAAGUUCCGCAGAUCUUGGUGGUUUAGUAGCAGAACCAAAAGUAACCGGAAGAUCCCAAACCAUGAUGUUGUCUUCAGAUGAAAGCCUGGAUAUGAUAGAUGAUGAGAUUCUUGACGAUGGUCACUCACCGAAACACAAUCAGUGGCAGAACAGGGCGAUCGUUGAAUGGAGCAGCCAGCAGGUUUCUCAUUGGCUGAUGGGUCUUAAUAUGGAGCAAUACAUUCCAGAGUUUACUGCCAGAAAUAUCGAUGGAGAGCAGCUGCUUCAGUUAGAUGGGAGCAAGUUAAAGUCUCUUGGUGUUGCCUCUUCUCAAGACCGGGCUUUGAUUAAAACGAAACUUAAAGACUUGAAAGCUAUCUUGGACAAGACCCGCAAGACACAAGAAAAACUGGAAAAACACCAGGAAAAGCUUCGUAAGCAACAGAAAUCGACCAAAACUACAUGCACUCAGUCUGCUGGACUCGCAGAGGGAAGCAAUAAGCAGUAGUGGAAUUGUCAGUUUUUGUUGCAGAUUUGGUAUCAAGUGGAAUUCUAACUGGUGUCGAUGGUGUCCCAAAGCGUAAGUAACAGGCUGAGCAAUGAAAAGUACGGAUGAACAACUUCAGUGUUCUUCACUUCACAGCAGCUAACAUACAUGUCAGUCGAUGUUACUUAUUCUCAGUGAAGCAACCCGGGUUAUCACUUCAGCAUCACUCCUUAUUGUCUGCCUUGUUCUCCAUUUAGCACCAUGCAGUUUUAAUAUAUUAAAAUAUAUGUCAGGUAAGAAUGUUUUUUUUUUUUACUAAUGGCUGUACUGUACAUAGGGCAAAGGUUUAGCAAAACUCUUCAAAAAUGAGAAUAUUGUGCAAAGAAAAAGAAACAAAUCUAGAAAGGCCUGUACAUACUACUGAAUACAAAUAUUUCAAAUAUAAAAAAAAUAUUUUUAAAAAUUAAUGUCAGUGUUUUGAACAGGCACUAAACAUCAGGCAAGUCAAAAAAUAAGCAGUUAAGUCCACAAUCAAUCUUACAAUCUGACAAUUUUACUUAAUUGCAAAAUUAAAACAAUCUCGUAUUAAAAAGCACAAUGGAAAUGUACUCUGAGAGAACAUAAUUUUUUAUACUUUAUUUUCUGUUUUGUAAAUAUUUCUUGAUUAUUACCAACAGUUGCACACUUUCAUUUUAAUAACACCUUUUACUGGUGUGGGAUGUUAAUGUGAAGUAACGCCUGCAUGCUGAUGAUGGAAGUGCUCAAAGAUCAACUUGUAUUAACCUCAGUAAUCCCUGCCUAAAACUGUACCUACUGUCCUACAAAUGGUGUUUUACAUUCACUUGUCUAACUAUGUUGAGCCUUUAAUUGAUUCAUCUGAGGCUUAUUUGUUAUUUUUAAUGGUUUAUAUUUUUUAGUUUUAAAAUGACAUUUAAUUUCCAUUCAUUAAUGACUAACCACUAGUCCAUGAAUGUUCACCUAGGUGUUAAGUACUUUUUACUCCGCUGUGUCCUAUUUAUUUUGCAUUGUGUUUGUCUACCCAUUUUAUUAUUUUAUAUUGUUUUAGUUUUGUAAGCCAUCUUUAUUGUAUUUUUUGUCUUUUUUUGUUGAUGUUCCUUAAUGUGCUUUAUUCAUGAGCUACAUUUUAUAAUGUUUUACAAGCCCAGAAUGUGAAAAUGUGGGAAAUAACACUUGAUGUUAUGCGUCACUGCAGCAGGGCCACGUGGUAUCCACGUUUAUUCUGCACAUUCCGUCUGCUAAAAAUAAAUAAAAAAAAUAUAUAUAUAUAUAUAUAAAAAUUAAGAAGCAAUACUGGAGUUGUUCUGUGAUCGAGUAUUGCAUUAGGUGCAGAAAUCUGGAGUCAGCACUUGAAAAAUUAACUUAAUACUUGUAAAAAAAAAAAAAAAGAAAUAAAGUUGUAUACUUAUGUAUAUAUUAAAAUCUGUAUUAUGAUUAGUCAUUAACAUGUUAACUUGCGGAGGUUUUCUGUCUUUCUGAUAUUUUUUAUUUUUUUUUAAUUCAGCUCUUCUAUCAAGCUUUUCAGGUAUCUUCAAGAUGGCAGUCAAUAAUUCAGUGUAAGAAAAUAAAAAAUGGGUUUAAAAUCAUUCAGUGAGUAUAAAGACAGUGGUUGAGGUCGUUAUUUAAGGACUAUUUGUUUAACUUUUUCUUCUUGGUCAAUUUUAUGCAGCUGAAUAAUCUUCAGGUCUGCUGUUCAUUUGGAUUUUGAGUAUUGCAACAAUGAUCACAUAUGAUUAUUUUUGAAGGUCAUGACAAAGAUCCACUUAGUGUUAAAUGUUAAGACUUCUAUAUGAGGUUGUAGAAAUGUUUUGUUGCAUCAUGGCAAUUCAAUGGCAUCCCCAUUCUCCCAUUCUUUAAAUAACAAAUCUUGCUUUGUUUCUUUUAGUCAGAAAUCUAACUAAGCCAGUGUCACGUUAUACAACGUCAGGUUGUUAGAUAUAUCAGAUUUACUGACCGAGUUACUGAUCUUGUCGCCAGACCAAGUCAGUCAUGCCCAUCCCGUUUUCUGACGACAAAUAUUGUGCUGCCUGAUACAGCUAGCGCUGUACAAAGGGUUAACUACGCUACUGGGAGUUCAGUCCUUUUUUCUUUUUCCCGUUCUGUUGUGGUAUGUAAAACAUGAGAAAAUCUCCUCUUCCGUUUGUCACAUCUAAAACACCUGAUUUCCUUAUUCAUCAUCGCUACAUUAAAUAAUAUUGUACUUCCAGAUGAGCUUUCAUUGGUUUUCAGCGCUCGUGCACAGAGAGCCCACCUCUGUGAAUAAACAGAGAAUCAAACCUGUUUAAUUUUAUCAAAGUGAAUCGCAGGCUAUUGGAGUGAUUCGUUCACAGUAGAGCCUCCGAAUUCCCAAGUUUCUGUAGAUGAAAGUAAAUGAAGGCUACCACUGAAAACAGCUGAAAAAGUCACGUCAUCUGACAUAGCCUUUAGGUAUUCAUUGUUCACAUACCAGUUAGCACUGCUGCAUUACAGCUCCAGCGACUUGGGUUUGUUUCCUAGGGUGGUGAGUGCCUGCACGGAAUUUGCCAAUUCUGCCCCUGGAUUUUCUCUAAGUAUUCUGUUAUUUAGCCAGCACAAUAUAAAUACAUGAAUGUUAGUUUCUGCCAUUGUGACUCGGUACUAGAAAAAGUAGGUUCUAAAACUUGUAUGGUCAAGUAUCCCAUUUUUACAAAAGAAAGCCGGCAGAGAACUGGACACAUUUUUCUAAGAGAAAUUAAACAAAUAAACAUAAAAACAAAAACAACAAAAUAAAAAUAUGUUUUCAAUGUAAAUAUUUACAAUUAAUGGCACAGAAAAUUAGACACAUUGUAUGACUUUUGCAAGUUGCGAGAGAUUGAGCACAGGUGGCACAUGACUAAGGUAAAAGUCCAUUGGGGCCAGAAAGAAAUUUAAGUAUUCACACUUUUAGCCCAGGAGUACAUCUGCAUACAGUAUCAGUGUAAACAGAUGAGGACUGUUAGGGGGGCUGAAGGUCCCAUCUUUGUAGGGAGGGAAUGGGACCCUGGGAGGAAGAUGCUAACUCUGCUUAUCCCUCAAACAGUGUAAAGGGAAACUUUGGAGAUGAUAAGUGCAACUCCUGUAGACCAGCAGAUGAUAGCAGGAACAUCCCACCUGAUAUACAGUAGCCCUCUAAAACAGAAAGCAGGUCCACGAAAGCUGCCUUGUAAGUCCAGGCCACGUAAUGUCCUUCCCUGUUCACAACCCAUUAAUAUCUGAGCAGGUACACAACUUCAUUUUAAAUAUGCAUCUGGCAUGUGUCCUUAUGGUGAGUAGGUUAUUAAAUUAUGUCUAUAUUCAAGUAUUUUUAUUUCAUAAUUUGCCUCAAAGCAAAUUUUCCAAUUUUGCACACAUUUUUAUACAAAAAAAAUCUUGAGGAAGCAGCGUCAUUGAUGAAAGUACCAAACAAAUGAAGUAAUCAGAUCAUUACAGUGCUGAAGCAAAAUUUUUCAUAUCACUCUCCACUCUUUAGUCGACAUACUGCAAUUUAGGCAAUUUACACAAAUAUACUGUAUGUCUGCUUUCAUGGUAGCCUCGAUAAUCCAGUCUAUCAUUUUUGUGGACUUCUCGUGUCAAGCUGAUAAUAUUUGGGUAGGCUGCUAUACAUUCCAUCUUUUAUCUGUUCCUGUUGGCCACUUUCACAGCACAGCCACGAAACAGAUGGCAUCCUUUUUGUCUGACCUAACACAUUAAGAUCAUGUGGCAAAUGUCUACAAGACUAUACUGUUAAUAACAUUUAAUGAGCUCUUUGUUCUUCAUCAUCAGAAACUUUAGUUAGUAAUUUAAUUUUUGGAGGAAAUCAACCAAAGUAUUUUGAAAUGUCAUGAAAGGGGAUAUAAUACAAAAAAUAUUAAGGUCAUAUUAAAACUAUUACUUCAUUCUUGCUGCUCUUCCAAUAUUUGACUAAUUUCCUGACACUACUUAAUUUGCAUUAUGUAUAUGUCUAUGUAUAUAAAUAUAUUUGUAAAUAAAUAUAUUUAUAAAGACAUCAAUUCAUAUAUACAGGUUAGAUUUUUUUUUCCUGAAUGCAGUCCAUUUAAGAAAAUGAAUGGACGUUAAAUAAGAAAUGCUCAACUUUUGUUUAUGAAAAUACUUGACUUAGCUUUCAGUCAGUAAAGGAUUAUGUCAAAACCCUGGGAAGCUUACGCUUAUCCUAAGUAGCAUGUGAAGGUUACAGAAAAUGUUUUUUCAUUAUUUGUAAUUUUUUUUUGUUUGUUUCAAAUCUAUGAUUUGCAUGUGAAAAACCUGCCAUGCCUUAAAUGAUGUGUCUGUGUUGGUGUAACUCCUUACGUAAAGCAACAAAGUUCACUUCCGAAUUUAUGAUGGUUCCUCGUUUCCUUCUUUAGUGCUCUAAAUACUCAAAGUCAGCCUGUGAAGUGCUAGUUGUUUUCAUUUUUCUGUAAAUACGCCUACUGCCAGUGAGUAACAUGUCACACAAUUCAGUAAAAUUCAACUUUAAAACAA